AUGUUUUUCCUCGAGAUAUUGAACUCCGCCGCUGAAUAUGUGGCGUACGCUUUUGUUUUAACUCUUCUGUUAAUCGUCUCAUAUCGCCUGUUGCUGCAUCCUUUGAGCAGCUAUCCGGGGCCUUUCCUUGCCAAGAUAACGGAUGGCUACGCUGGGGUACUUUCUGCGCAGAAGCGUCUGCCCUUGGUUACCUGGCAGCUACAUGAGAGAUACGGAUCUGUCAUAAGGCUAGCACCGAAUAGAUUACUUUUCAAUUCCGUUACAGCUUUUAGGAGCAUCUACCAGAACGAUGAUCGCAUCACCAAGUCGUUCACAUACGAACUCCUGACCAGGAAUAAAGUCUACAGUGUCUUCAACACUCUCGAUAGAGAUCUGCAUCGCGCCAAACGGAAGCUGGUCGGCCAUGCCUUUUCCGAGCGGUCGAUACGGUCUUUCGAGCCCGCCCUCAUACCGCAAGUUGAUAUUUAUCUCAAGCAGCUCCUCCAGUCAUCACGUCAGCCCGUCAACAUGACACAAAAACUAGGCCAUCUCGCCAUCGAUAUCGUCGCGCAGCUUGCACUAGGCUACGACCUGGAAACGCAAACGAGCGAGGGACAUCGCUUCUUCCCAAAAGCGAUGACGCUCAGCUUCUUCGUAAGCAACAUCUCGCACCAUUUCCCCAUCUUUCAUAAGGUCCAUACCAACAUGGUAUUCGACUACAUCUUCUACGCGACACGGGAACGGUUCAUCCGUGUAAUAGAGAAGAUGGUGCGCUCCCGCCUUGCUCUGGAUACGCAUGCGAAACCCGACUUCUUCUCUUCUGUCGCCCACGCGCUUCCCAACGAAGCCGUCAAGACGCGCGAUAGCGUCAUCUGGAAGGAGGCUAUGGUUUUCCUAGUGGCCGGCGGAGACACGGUGGCGACGGCCAUGACAGCCGCUUUCUUCUACCUGUCACGCAACCCGGCCUGUUACGCGCGUCUGGCCGAAGAGAUCCGAACUACGUUCUCCAGUGGUAGCGAUAUCAAGAGCGGACUGCAGCUGGGGGGUUGUCAUUAUCUCCGCGCCUGCAUCGAUGAAGCUCUCCGUAUGUCACCUCCAAUCUCGGCGAACUUAUGGCGACAACAAGUCGCCACAGACGAGCAACCACUAGUAAUAGACGGCCAUUACAUCCCCAGGGGUACGCUAUUCGGCGUGAACAUUUACGCCUUAAGCCACAACGCCGCCAUUUUCCCCGAGCCAUUUACGUUCAAGCCUGAGCGCUGGCUCCCGUCUAGUAGCACCGAUCCAGAGAUAGCAGGUACCGACGAGGCUGCCAGGAAGUUGAUGCUUGAGGCUUUUGCUAGCUUCUCCAUAGGACCGCGAAAUUGCGUAGGUAAGCCGUUAGCAUAUCUGGAAACUUCCCUCGUCCUUGCAAAGACGCUUUGGUAUUUCGACUUUGAAGCCGCUUCUGGUCCGCUUGGCUCCGUCGGAGAGGGCAAGGAUAGGGGAAGACUAGGCGAGUUUUAUACGGAGGAUGUUUUCAGCUCGACCCAUGAUGGCCCCUUUCUAGUAUUCCAUCCGCGGCAGUCGGUUUCCUUGGAAGAAGACCUUAAAAUACAUGCUUAA